UGCCAACGAGCAUUGUUUACUGAAUUCAAAGAUGGCGGCUGCUAAGAAGUAAAUGGUAUCUGGAGUGAGACCCUGGGAGAGAGAGAGGCCGACUAAGAAGGACUAUGGCGUUUGAGGAGAUUAAGAAGAAAGGAAUGAUAGAGGUGUCAGGGAUGGAGGGGGAGGUGGGCCUGGUGGCAGGGCGCAGUCAGAGGGAGAAGAGGAGGUCAUAUAAAGACCUCCUGAGGGAGGAGGAGGAGAUAGCGGCACAGGUGCGCAAGUCCUCCAAGAAACGACCCAAGGACUCUGAGCUGUUCUUAUUAGGAGGAGACCCACACAAGAAGAAGAAGAAGCACUCAAGUGAGGACUAUUUUUACAGAGACCUCCAAGGGUCGGGCCCGCCUCCCCACAAAAAGAAGCGCAAGUCGUCGUCCGACCACGGCUCCUCCUCCUUCUCCUCCCACCACCAGUCGCACUCCACUGACACAGCAAUGGGUCUCCUGCAGGCCAUCACGUCCCCCAUGGCCACAGGCUCCGACCCCAGCCCCCACCUGCACAAGAAGCCCUCCUACCCGCCCUUCUCCUCCUCCCACUCGUCCUCCAAGGAGCGGAAGCGUGAGGGGAGCCUGGGCGGCGGAGGGAAGGGGAGCCACUCCUCCUCCCACUCCCACUCCCACUCCCGGCCCUCCUCCUCCUCCUCCUCGUCCUCAUCCAAAAAGCACUCUUCCAAGUCGUCGCUGUACCACAGCGGCCACGGGCACAGCGGGGGCGGGGCCGGCGGCCACAGCGAGCCGCUCACCCUCCGGGAGGCGGAGGGGCUGAAGAUGAAGCUCAUCCUCUCACCCAAGGAGAAGGAGAGGGGCGACGGGGGCGCGGCUGAGGGCUUCCCCUUCCCGCCUCUCUCCUCCUCGUCAUCCUCCCUCUCGUCCUCGUCCAGCGCCCGCAAGGGGGGGCCGAAGAAGGAAAAGGACCGGGACAGGGUGCUGCUGUCCAAGGCUCCCAAGAAGAAGCAGCAGAGCAGGGACCCCCUGCCUGUGGUGGGCGAGGAGGUGGAGGUGGAGGGGCAUUAUGGUGGAGGGUUGGGGGGGCUGGCCGCAGACAGCUCCUCGUCAGCGGGGGAGCUGGAGGCGGGGGAGCUGGUGAUCGACGACUCCUACACCCACCUGACCAAGAAGAAGAAGAAGAGCAAGAAGAGCAAAAAGAAGAAGGAGAAGGAGAAAGACAGGGAGAGGGAGAAGGACAAAAGCGGGAGGGAGAAGAAGCACAGUAGAGGAGGGAGCAAGAAGAGUGGUGGGGGACAGUCGGGGUCGACUGUCCUGCUCUCGCCGGGUGACGCCUCUCGAGGACACACCCACUCCCACGGCUCAUCCAAUCACAACGCUGGGGUAGGGAUUUACACCAUGAGCUCGCCGGUCUCCUCCCACCACCAUCAGAGCAGCGAAUCACAGAGCGAGAAGAAGCGGAAGAAGGAGGAGAAGGAGAGGGAAAAGGCUGAGAAGGAAAAAGACAAGCCCAAGAAGAAGAACAUGACUGCCUACCAGGUGUUUUGUAAGGAGUAUCGGGUCAACAUCAAUGCCGAGCAGCCUGGACUGGUUUUUGGGGAGCUGAGCCGCAAGCUGGCAGAGGUCUGGAAACAGCUGCCCGAGAAGGACAAGCUGGUGUGGAAGCAGAAGGCCCAGUACCUGCAGCACAAACAGAACAAAGCAGAAGCCACCACUGUCAAACGCAAGAGCUCAGGCUCAGAUGGGGGCAAGAGCAAAGGGUCAACGAAAGGGGCAUCAGGCGGAGGCGUGCUUUCGCCCAGCCGGGUGUCAGUAGGCGUGUCCCUGUCCCCGGCGCGGGUCCCUGAGGUGGACCCCAUCGACGCAGCCGCCCACCUGCAGCUGCUGGGGGAGUCACUGUCCCUCAUUGGGCACCGGCUCCAGGAGACUGAGGGGAUGGUGGCAGUUUCGGGGAGCCUCUCUGUGCUGCUGGACUCCAUUCUGUGCGCCCUGGGCCCCCUGGCCUGUCUCACCACGCAGGUCCCCGAGCUCAACGGCUGCCCCCGGCACGUCUUGUCAAACACUCUGGACAACAUUGCCUACGUUAUGCCUGGACUGUGAGAGCAGCCGGGACCAUUCUGAAAGGGGGGGAUUUGGAGCAUACCAAGACAAGGACAAUGG